GGUUAACAGGGAGUUACCUUAUCCCGGUCUAGGGUUCGCAAAUAAAAAGCAAAAACGAGAAAGACUCGUUACCUUAUCACGGUCUAGGGUUCGCAAACAACCAUUAGUUUGAACGUUAUUUAGCUUCAAUUUCCCCACCAUCACCGCAAGUUUCUCUCUUGUAAAGGAAAAAGAAUACUCUUGCAAACAACAACCGAUCCCUAAGACUGAAAACAGGUUCUGAACCGAUCGAUAUGUUUAAUGCUUUUGAAUUGUUGGUUGAAAUUCCUGACUAACAUAUUCCAUGUUUUAAUCAAAAUCUGGUGAACAUAUGCUGGUAUUCACACUUCUGCAUUAAGUCCUUUAAGUAGUAUUCCGAUCUCAAUUAGGUUUUUUAGUUUCAUCGUUACUGAAAGAUUGGUACUUUCAUUAUUUUUUCCAAUUGUACACAGGAAAUUUGAUACUAUAAACAGGACUAUCAAAUUUUAUAUAUUUCUUAGAUUAAAAUUUUAACUACAAUAAUUAAUUAAAAGGGUGAUCUUAGGAAUGUGGCCUUACUCAAUGUUGAAGUAUCAAUUUAUUUGGGACAAUAAAAAAAGUAUCAAUUUAUUUGGGACAAUAAAAAAGAGGGAAAAGUAUCACUCUUUACCACUGUACUACUGUGACAUCUGCAAUAUAACGCUGUUUAACUGUACAUUUUUAUUAGACUCUUAUUCAUUGAGAACUUCAUAUUCUUUGUUUUUGUUUUCACUAAGAGAAAAGUUUAAAUUACAAAUCCUCAAUGGGGACAAGUGCUGUAGUUCUUGAAUGACAACCAGAUAGUGAUGAUCCAGAUCAAUGCUGCAACUGCUUGAGUAAUCACGGGCAUGAAACAAGUAUUGGGGAUUUGAAGAAAAGAUUUCUCGGCCCUUGCAUGAUUGCACUCAUAGCUGGUACAGGGGGGCUCUUCUUUGGAUAUUAUUCUGCACAACAAUAAACCCACCCUCUUUGCUUAUAGUGCAAAAAAUGGGAUCACUCCCACAAUGCGAGGGUUGGAUCCCCUAUUUGUUCCCAUCUCUCCUAUGCGAUGUCGCUGGACUUAUAGUGCUCAAGUGGGUGGGUCCAGCUAUGCCGUAUCAAAAAAAAAAAAAAAAAAAAAAAAGACUUAACUACAUCAUUGAUCUUUUAGUUUUCAUUAACUUGGGAUAAUGCUUGUGGGUGCAGCAAUAAUCUAUGCAACUUCCUUCUUUCCAAGAGAGUUUAAGAGAUCUCCUUGGAGGUUUUUGAUGCAGAUAGAGGCAAGUAAUAUGUUAUAUAUUCCAUUUGGAGCUAUGUCCCUUGCUGCUUUCUUGGUUGAUAUGACAACUGACAAUGCAGGUCGAUUGGUAGAUAUUGGGUUUGUAGAUUUGUUGGCCAUUGUGUUUGUUCCACUUCUCAAUGUGUAUAUCGUGGAUCGGUAUCAUACAAUCUGGGGAAUGAUUUUAGUAGGUUGCGUAGGGGGGAUGACUAUGACAACUUUCCCUAUAUAUAUAUCAGAACUUUCUUCACCUACUGCGAGAGGUGCCUUUGUUAGCACAAUUUUCUUGCAAAUUACAGGAGGGAAAAUACUUUACUAUCUCAACAAUCUGUAUUCUUCGGUUAAGAAGGAUCAAACAUGGAACUGGAAGCUUGGAAUCGUUCCUGGUAUAAUUCAUGUUAUAGUAUUACUCGCAGGUGGGAUUCCUGAGUCUCCUCGGUGGCUUUACAGAAAGGGAUACAAAAAGGAAGCUGUUGAAAUUCUGAAUACUUUAAGAUCUCCAUGUGAAGUUUCCAAAGAAGUGAAGGCGAUGCAAUUAUCAAUGGAAGCUGAAAUAGCCAAAGAAGGUAGUAUUGACGAUCAUGGCGGCGGAGGAUUUAAUAGUCCAAGUGAUGACGAGAUGACGGAACAGGCAGCACUAGCAAUUCCUCUCAUCACAUCUGUCCUCUGUGUUGUUGGGACAAUCUUUUGUAUCGUUUUGGUAGAUCGUUGUGGGAGGAGAAAACUUCUUUUAAUUAGCAUAUUUGGAAUCAUGGUAUCGCUUGGGUAGUUAUCUUAUGUGUUCACUUGAGGCGUCAAGGGCCGUGACCUUGGUGCACAGGAUCAUAUUUGGUACAGCAAAGAAGACGGAAUAUCGGGUUUCGGAAUAUUAGCACUGGUAGCAGUAGCAAUGUACUUUAUCUUCUUGGCAUAGAAGCGGUUCCGUGGAUCAUAAAUUCUGAGAUAUACCCAAUGAAGUAUAGAAUUGUUGGUGGAGUAAGGGGUAUGAUGGUUUACUGGGCCUCUAAAAUAGUAGUUCACCACAUUUUUCUGGAUGUCAUCGGAUACUAUGUUGGAAUUGCCUAUAUGCUUUUUCUGCUGCAAUUUUUCUCAUGUCUUGUCGGUUUGUUUAUCUACUUGUACGUUCCGGAAACCAAGGGAUUCCCUUUAGAAGACAUGGAGAAGCUUUUGUUACAGCAAGAGGAAAAUAACAAGCUCCGGGAAGGUGACGAUGAAUGCAAGGACAGACUAAUAACCUAGUGUGAAGAUGUAGAUAUUACUGUUGGUCCUUUAUCUAUCCUUGCGUAUUUACUUGCAGAUUAGUAGUCAACGCACUUAAAUUUUGUCGUGCUUGAAUCUCUUUUAUUUUAUUCUAUUCAAAAGAUAAUUUUUAUUUA